AUGUCGGCAAAUAUCCGCAUUUCAGCGAUUGCCUUUUUAGUCGUCUUUCUCUUCGGCCUAUAUAAAUUUAUUAUAUAUCCCGCCGUCAUAUCACCGCUCUCCAAGAUCCCAAACGCACACUGGAGUGCGCCAUUUUCCCCCCUUUGGAUCCUUUCUGUCCGGUACAGGUGGACAGAGAAUCAUGACGUUCGCGCUGCUCAUCUAAAGCUUGGGCCUGUGGUGAGGCUGGGACCAAACGAAAUUAGCGUUGGCACCAUAGACGGAGGAGUCAAGACUAUUUUUGGCGGCGGCUUUGAGAAGGGAGAUUGGUAUGCUGUGUUUGACAAUUAUGGAGUGCAAUGCACAUUCUCAACGCUUCACGGCCGUCCUCAUUCGGCAAGCAAGCGUAUGGUGUCUCAUACAUACUCAAAAUUGGCAUUGCAGACGUCUCCGGCCGUAACCGCACAGGCUCAGAGUAUACUAUACGAGAGGUUGUUGCCCACCCUCAAAGCCUCUGCGAGUCCAUCUCAGAAGCCACAGGGCAUCGAUGUCCUGAAGCUUUGGUAUGCUCUAAGCAUGGAUACUAUCACAGCCUAUCAGUUCGGGCUACCAAAUUCCUCUGAUUUCGUUCGUGAUACUGCCUAUCGAUCCCACUGGCUGGAGUUGUAUCAGAGCCGGAAACCCUACGUAUACUAUCCGCAAGAGGUUCCUCGUUUGACUUCAUUUCUGAGCAAGGUCGGCUUUCGGCUUGUCCCGAGAUGGGUAGACGAUGCGAAUGACGAGAUCGAGGAUUGGGCAUUGGGAAUGUGCAAUGCCGCCACGGCUUCGAGCAAUAAAUGCUCGUCGUAUUCUGACAACCCCGGCGAAGAACCCGUGGUUGUCAGGGCCAUGCUCAAGGGCAUCCAGAAGGAAAGCAAUAAGGAGCAGUCGAUUCUCUCUUGCCGUAUUUUCGAUAACAAGGAGCUCAUGGUCGCUACAGAGAUGCUGGAUAAUCUUGCAGCGGGCCACGAGACGUCGGGGAUCACCCUUACCUAUGCAACAUGGCACCUGUCCCAAGAUCUCGAGCUGCAAAGGGCUCUCAGGGCAGAACUUCUUACGCUAGACCCUCCUUUGAAAUAUUCGCCAGACCAUAUCAAGGAAGGAUCCCCACUGCCAGGUCUCCCUAACUUGAAGACCCUGGACGCGUUGCCACUUCUCCAUGCCGUUCUCAGCGAGACCUUACGACUCAACGCCGCAAUUCCCGGUUCCAGCCCUCGCGUAACGCCUUAUCCCUCCUGUAACCUGGUUGGUUAUGAAGUUCCAGGCGGUGUUAGGGUCUGCUCCAGUGCCUGGACUCUGCAUCGCAGUGCGGAUGUCUAUAGCCAGCCGGAGGUAUGGGAUCAUACUCGCUGGUUGGACGGAGACGGUAGGUCGGGGGAGGAGACAAAGGAAAGAGACAAGUGGUUCUGGCCUUUCUCGAGUGGUGGUAGGAUGUGCAUUGGGAAUAAUUUUGCUAUGCUUCAAAUGAAACUUGCACUUGCAGCUACGUAUACGAACUUCACAUCCCACAUCGUUUGUGAUGAUGGGAUUGAGCAGGAAGACGGCUAUACAGCUUCGCCGAAAGGCAAUAAAUUGAUAUUGCGGUUUGAGGAUGUAGAGGAAUAA